AUGAAGAAUAUCGAGCUUUCCUUUGUUGGCCAUGUCGCUUCGCAGAGGGCUUUCUCCCAGAACGACUUCUAUAAUCAAAAGGCAAUGGCUGAUUUGCGCUAUCCCAUCGAAUGGUACCCCAGAACACGGGCAACGCCACGCAAAAUCAUAUGUCAUGUAGGGCCAACAAACUCCGGAAAGACGUACCAUGCGCUCAAGCGGUUGGAAGAAUCAGGCAACGGCGUGUACGCUGGGCCUUUGAGACUUCUUGCCCAUGAAGUGUAUACGCGAUUGAACGCAAAAUCACUCAACUGUAACCUGGUCACCGGAGAGGAGCGGAGAUCCCCCCCUGCCGGUGAUGCAGGCCUACUCUAUGCCUGCACGGUUGAAAUGGUUCCCCUCAACCACGAAUUUGAAGUGGCUGUGCUCGACGAAAUUCAGAUGAUAGGCGACGCGCAUCGUGGAUGGGCCUGGACACAAGCCCUGCUUGGCGUUCAGGCAAAAGAGAUCCACGUGUGCGGCGAGGAGCGGACAGUCCCUCUCCUCCGCGAGAUUGCCGCCAUGACGGGUGAUUCAUUUGAAGUCAACACAUAUAAACGCUUAACGACGCUGUCGAUGGAUACGGCGCCCUUUGGCACCGACUGGUCGAAACUCGAAAAAGGAGACUGUAUUGUUACCUUCACUGUGAAGGAUAUACAUUUACUGCGCACGAGGAUUGAGAAACAGACGAAGAAGAAGGUAGCUAUCGUCUACGGUGGCCUGCCUCCGGAGACUCGCGCUGCGCAAGCUCGACUGUUCAACGACCCGGACAGUGGGUAUGAUUUUUUAGUGGCUAGCGAUGCCAUUGGAAUGGGUCUUAACCUGAGCAUUAAGCGAAUCAUCUUUGAGACAACCACAAAAUUCAACGGUGUGGACAUGGUGCCGCUGACAAUUCCAGAGACCAAACAAAUUGCUGGCAGAGCGGGACGGUACCGGACUGCGGCACAAGAUAACGAGGCUGCUCGAAAGGAAAAGGAAGGGGGCGCAAACACUUCUGCUACCCCCAAAAAUGACUCGAAGGCCCCCAAGGAAGAACCUUCUGGCGGAAUCGUCACCGCGUUCCGCUACCAGGAUUUCAAAAGGAUCGCUAAAUGCCUGCAAACCGAUGCAGAAAUCAUCCGUGCAGCAGGGCUCUUCCCACCAAGCAGUAUCAUCGAGCGGUUCGCAAACUAUUUCCCGCCCGGUACGCCUUUCAGCUACAUCAUGGUACGCCUGCACGACAUAUCGCGCGUCCACACCCGAUUCCGCCUAUGUAGUCUCAAAGACCAGCUUACCAUUGCGGACGUUAUCCAUGGCGUAGAGGGUCUGAGUAUCAGCGACCGCAUCACCUUUACCGCGGCUCCGGCCAAUUUCAAAUCGCCGUCAGACAGGACAGCGUUGAUUAGCAUGGCGGAGUUUGUUGCGCAGCAGAAAGACGGUUCCCUUUUGAACAUUAAGGGUCUUCCUUUUGACAUAUUGGACCAGGAGCCAGAUGGGUCGCGGGAGUACCUUUUCGGUCUAGAACAACUGCACAGAGGAAUCAUUCUUUACCUCUGGCUAAGUUAUCGUUUUGCGGGCGUCUUCACGACGCGCAAUCUCGCUUUCCAUGCCAAGGCGGUCGUCGAGCAGGCCAUAGAAGACACGUUGGUUAGGUUUUCAACGGUCGCAGAGUACGAGAGACGCCUGCAAGCCAAAGAGGCUAGGGCACAGGCUCGAGAGAAAACAAGGCAGGAGUUCAAGGAGCGUUUACAAGCGAGAAAAGAAGAGGAUGCGAGGAGGGGUAGUGAGCAACUACAGGAGGAGGGCGAGGGGGAGGAGGAAGAAGAACGGGAGGAAGAGGACUACGGUCGGGAGAUUUUGGAUGGGGCCGAUGAAGGAAGUGUGGAUAUCUUGGAUGGAGCCGAAGAAGGAGCAGACAUCCGUCCCGUAAAGCACGAGGAACAGCCCGUGCCGAUCGCGGCGGAUGGUGCGGUCGAGGUCAAGGAGUUGGACUUGAAGGAGGGCGAAAACGAGAAGAGGCCCGAGGCAGAAGAGGAUGAGACCGAGGUGGAUGCAUCUGCUCUCGACAACCCGCUGGUGGAGUUUGACGAGACGGAAGAGGACCAGGUGCGGGAAGAAAAGGAAGAUGGCGAACAAAAAGAAGAAAAAGAAGCCAAGGGGCAGUAA